ACUUGAGAAUCAUACAUCCGGAAGCAUCAUCUCUCUCUCUGUCGGCCGAAAAACCUUUGUCUUUAGGGUUUAUCAUUUCCAUGGAGAAACAGAAUCCUCAACCAGUCUGCGGCCAAGAGGCUCUCCUUCUUCUCAAUUGUGUCACUGAGUCUCCGUACGAUUCAGAGAAAUGCAUCCGGUUCCUUCAAUCUCUCAGAGAAUGCGUUCUCUCAAAGAAAGUUAACAAGUUCGUGAUACCAAGUCAGGAACAUCCCAGUGAGGGAGGAGCAGGAGGAGCCUCAGCUACCAAGCGACCUUCAUAACCUUCUUUGUUCCCUUUUCUUUUGAGAUUGUAAUCUCACAUACUUGAUUUCAUACAAGUCCUCCACCACAGACUCGUAACUUAGAGGUUACCAUAUUGUUGCUUUUGUAUGUUGAAAACUGAAAACUGGAAGGAGCUAAAAAGAGAAAUAUUUGACUGUUUGAUUCUCUGUAAACUACUUUCUCAUGUCAAAUAAGUUCGUUCAGACA